AAGGUCCUGGCUCGCCCAAUCACGAUAAAUCUCACAUUUUUGGCACGAAACGGAAAGAUUCUGAGAUACUUAUUCGGGGCAACAAUUUGUUGUGGGAAAAUGGGACAAACGGGAAAGUUGAUAUACGAUAUGAACAAACUGGUGUCAAAGAUAAGAGUGGAAAUGAUGCCGUUGAAUGUUCCAAUCGAGAAAAAAUUCGAGAACUGCAUACCUUUGACGGCUUUGUAUGGACAAAUGAACACGUUCAAAUGCCGUGUUAUCUUGUACUCCCAAACAAUGAAUCUAAAAUCGAACAUGACAGUUUUUCCGUGUGCCAAGUGCCAGUUUGUGCAGGACUUGAUAUUAAAACAUCGUGCAAUAAUUCUCCCAUUAUAGUUGAACGAAUAAGUGAAUCUGAUGGUAUUCAUGUGGCAACCUCUCUUCACCUUAAGCUCCAAACUGAAGAUCCUCAAGAAAAUUCUAUGAAAGAACUUCAAUGUUAUAUAACGGAAAUUAAACAGUUUGGUUUUAAUCAUAUUAUCAUCAUCGGAAAACGUUAUUGUGGCAUGCUUUUUAUGGAUUGUUUUGGUCGCGUGUUUGAUUGGGAUUCAGCGAAUGAUGCAUUGUGGCUUCUCGGGGAUUAUUUCGAAAUUAUAUCAAAGGAUGAGUCUGAGGAAUAUGGUCGGAUAGCAUGGGGCAUCUUGGAUGAUGAAACUGUGAUUGAGCUCGAAAAAUGUAUGUGUAUAUUUGUAGUUUGA